AUGUGCUUUCGCAUUGCAUCGGCGCUCAUGGUGGUGCUGCUUGUGGUGCUGAUAUUCCACACCAGCCCCAUCACCGCCAACCACGACCACACGGGCGUGGUGCGGUUGCCGCUUGAUCUUGAGCUGUAUGAGGACGUGGACUACGUUGCACGCGUGGACCCCAACAACGAGUAUGCGCAGUCGUGUGUACACGAUGUUGACGACGGCCGCUACGACUUCAGACCCAUAAGCGGGAGCUACGUCGUCAGUAGCAAGGCAGACAAGAGCCAAUUCCGAAUCAACCUGUGUGUUCCUCCUAAGGAAUGCAACGGCCAGAACUCCACCACAAUCUGCCGGCAGAAACGGCUCGCUCGUGAAGCUGGCAUCGAAGCCAUCAUUGAGGUGUCGAUGGGAUCACAACCCCUGUGGGACUCUGCGUUCAAGCCCAGCGACUAUUCCCUCCGCGUUCCAUACACAGACGGAUCAUUUGGCAAGACGGUGCAGGACAUUCAAAGCGCCUUGACACUGGCUGAAUUGUUUGCGCACAGCGAGCUCUCAACGAACACGGCUGCUGCCAUUGAUGCCGCCGUGGACGAGCUGCGACGCCACGCAACACAAUCCAUCCCCAUGACGGUUGUGGACUUUUCGUGCGAUCCGAGCGUGACUGGCCGGCCAGAGUUUGUCUAUCUUGGACCCAUUCCCUUGUCCCAUGGCACGUGGUAUGGUGUGGAGCCAACACAGGACCUACCGGCUGACCUCACUGCGGCAUACGGGCUGAUGAUCGCGCACGCGUGCGUGUGCCCAAAUGCCACAUGCCAUCUGCCAGACCCUCCAAGAAAACCGCCCCGCCCCUGCCACGAGGAGUGGGAUCGAUACAUCUUCAAGAACAUCCCUGCCAUCGCCAUUGUGCGCGCGAACACGUGA